GACGUCACUGUGCGUCGGCGUGGCUUCGGCUGGGGCUGGGGGCUUCGGGCGCGCCGGGGCAGAGCCUCACGGGCCGCUUCUCCUGUGGGCGCCGCUGCUUCCCCGGUUGGAGGAGGUCUCCGGGCAGCCGCGCCGGCUCUGCGAUUUACAGCCCUGAAGAGUCUUUUUCCCUCCCAUUUUAACCCCCUGUAGUAAUAAAUCCCAUUAUGGAGACACUGCAACUUUAUAAAGGGAUAUAGCUUGAAUUUUGUGGAGUGUAAUUUUGUGUAUGAAUUAUAUCUUAAAAAUAUUGAAGAGUUUUCAGAAAGAAGGCUAGGAGAGUUAAUUACCAGGUCAUUAUGCUAAGCAGUAAUUCUGUUGGUAAUACAAUGUUUUUGUUAGGAAUUUUUGAUAACACUAGAAAGGACAACCUGUAUCUUUUGAUAAAUUGAUUCAUCUUUAAUUACAUGACUGAUAUUUGAGCUGAAUGGUCCUUAAAUGUAGAACAGGUUAUUUAAUUUUUUAAAUGCAGUGUAAAAAUAUGUGCUGUGGAAAUUUUAUGGUUAACUAGUUAAGUUGAUGGCAAAAAUACCUUCUGUUGAUUGAGUAUAAUAAAGUGGUAUACAAAGUUAGACUAAAUGUUGCUGCAGGAAAUGGAAACAAAUAUAAUAUUUAACAAGGAUGAAAGAGUUUACAGUUUGUGAACUUCAAGCAAAAUUAAUUUGACAUCAUACACACUGUAAUAGGCACAGGUUCAACAAAGGUUGUGGGUGUUGACUUCCCCAAAAGUUGUUAACUGAAGCUAAUAUAACCCACUUAACUAAAUACUAUGAUGAUAGGCUAUAUGAAAUUAGCUUUUAGAUAGUGUGACUAUUUGAAGACUGUAAUUUUGUUUACUAGAAUAAAAUGAGAUUUUGGGGAGGGAUGUGUUAAAGUGCUUUUAGGGAAAGAAGGCUGCAUAUAAUUUUUUACUCUUGUGGCAUAAUCAGUAAUUGGCCUGAUAUAUAUCCAGGCUUCAUAGCUUAUAACCCAGAGUAAAUUAAAGGCAUAAUUUGGUAUUCUAUAGUUGUUUAGAAUUUUGAGAAUAUAAACCUCCUUGAAAAAUCAAAGCGUUUUAGCAUAUUUUAAGAAGUGGAUCAACUUUUUCAGGCCUUUAGGUUAGUUUUAUGCCAAAUUAUGAGUGAAUAGCACUUGAAUUAUCUAAAAGAGUUUAUUAUAAUCCUUAAGAGGUCUAAGUAGUACCUUGGUAAUUGAGGAGAGAUUUUCGUUCUACUUAAGUGUAAGCACAUAUACAUCCAGUGAAGAAGGUAAUAGUGAAUUCUAUAUAAGAGUCUGUAAUUUGAUUCCCUCUUUGUGGUAAAACUCUAGUGUGAAGAGAUGGGAAAUUUCAUGUGAAGGUUUUAGCCAUCAAACAGUGCUGUCACCUACUCAUGCACAAAACUACCUCCCAAAGACUUGUCCCAGGUCCCUCACAUCAAAAAAAUUAAGAGUAUGAUGGAAGAUAGCCCGAUCUUGUCAAAUUGGACAAAUGGCAACAAACAAAAAAUGAAGUAUGACUUUUCGUGUGAACUCUACAGAAUGUCUACAUAUUCAACUUUCCCUGCUGGUGUUCCUGUCUCAGAAAGGAGUCUUGCUCGUGCUGGUUUCUACUACACGGGUGUGAAUGACAAGGUCAAGUGCUUCUGUUGUGGUCUGAUGCUGGAUAACUGGAAACAAGGAGACAAUCCUAUUGAAAAGCAUAAACAGCUAUAUCCUAGCUGUAGCUUUAUUCAGAAUCUGGUUUCAUCUAGCAUGGGAUCCACCUCUAAGAAUACUUCUCCGAUGAGGAACAGUUUUGCACAUUCAUUAUCUCCCACUUUGGAACAUAGUGGCUCAUUCAGUGGUUCUUAUUCCAACCUUUCACCAAACCCUCUUAAUUCUAGAGCAGUCGAAGACUUCUCUCCAUUGAGGACUAACUCCUACAGUUACGCGAUGAGUACGGAAGAAGCCAGAUUUCUUACUUACCAUAUGUGGCCAUUAACCUUUUUGUCACCAUCAGAAUUGGCAAGAGCUGGUUUUUAUUAUAUAGGACCCGGAGAUAGGGUAGCCUGUUUUGCUUGUGGUGGAAAACUAAGUAACUGGGAACCAAAGGAUGAUGCUAUGUCAGAACACCGGAGACAUUUUCCCAACUGUCCGUUUUUGGAAAAUUCUCUAGAAACGCUGAGGUUUAGCAUUUCAAAUCUGAGCAUGCAGACACAUGCAGCUCGAAUGAGAACGUUUAUGUACUGGCCAUCUAUUGUUCCAGUUCAGCCUGAGCAGCUUGCAAGUGCUGGUUUUUAUUAUGUGGGUCGCAAUGAUGAUGUGAAAUGCUUUUGUUGUGAUGGUGGCUUGAGGUGUUGGGAAUCUGGAGAUGAUCCGUGGGUAGAACAUGCCAAGUGGUUUCCAAGGUGUGAGUUCUUGAUACGCAUGAAAGGGCAGGGGUUUGUUGAUGAAAUUCAAGCUAGAUAUCCUCAUCUUCUUGAACAGCUAUUGUCAACUUCAGACACUCCUGGAGAUGAAAAUGCUGAUCCACCAAUUGUUCAUUUUGGAUCUGGAGAAAGUUCUUCAGAAGAUGCAGUCAUGAUGAAUACACCUGUGGUUCAAUCUGCCUUGGAAAUGGGCUUUAGUAGAAGCUUGGUAAAGCAGACAGUUCAGAGUAAAAUCCUGACAACUGGAGAGAACUACAAAACAGUUAGUGAUAUUGUAUCAGCACUUCUUAAUGCUGAAGAUGAAAAAAGAGAAGAAGAAAAGGAAAGACAAGCUGAAGAAAUGGCAUCAGAUGACUUGUCAUUGAUUCGGAAGAAUAGAAUGGCUCUUUUUCAACAGCUGACGUGUGUGCUUCCAAUCCUGGAUAAUCUUUUAAAGGCCAAUGUAAUUAAUAAACAGGAACACGAUAUUAUUAAACAAAAAACACAGAUACCUUUACAAGCAAGAGAACUGAUUGAUACCAUUUUAGUUAAAGGAAAUGCUGCAGCCAACAUCUUCAAAAACUGUCUAAAAGAAAUUGACUCUACGUUACAUAAGAACUUAUUUGUGGAUAAGAAUAUGAAGUAUAUUCCAACAGAAGAUGUUUCAGGACUGUCACUGGAAGAACAAUUGAGGAGGUUGCAAGAAGAAAGAACUUGUAAAGUGUGUAUGGACAAAGAAGUUUCCAUUGUAUUUAUUCCUUGUGGUCAUCUGGUAGUGUGCCAGGAAUGUGCCCCUUCCCUAAGAAAAUGCCCCAUUUGCAGGGGUAUAAUCAAGGGUACUGUACGUACAUUUCUCUCAUAAAAGAAAAAUAGGCUGUAUCUUAGCCUAUAUAGAAAAGUCUUUAAAAUAUUGUUGAACAUUUGAUGCCAUCUAAAGUAAAAGAAUUACUGGUUCUUCAAUUAGUAACAUUUGUGUUGUAAUCUGCUUUGGUACUAAUUUCUAAAAAGAUGGUAUUUUAUAUUUAAUCUUAAUCUGUGUAUUUACAAGGAAAGGUUUGUGUUUGAUGAGAUAUGUAAGUAUACAUGUGUGAAAGCUUUGAGUAGUGUGUUACAGUGUGUACUUAAAAGAACUGGAAACAGGGAACUCGAGUUCAGAGUUAUGAUGCCAAAUUCUCUUUGGUGCUUUUCACUUGUAUAGUAAAAUAAGAAUUUUUAUCUUACUAGUAAAUAAGUUUUCCCCUAGUUUGUGAGAAAUAUCUUAAUAAAGUGCUUUAAAAAGAU